AUGUUAAUGAAAGUUUUCACAUCAUUUCUCUUUUUCACUAUCUUGUGCCUUGCACCCAUUGCAAGAUGCCACGAUCUUCAUCAAUCAACGUCGAAAAAUUCGCAAGAACAACAAAAUUUUCAAACGGGUCGGAAAGAAGAUGAUAGAAUCAAAGAGUUGCCCGGGCAGCCACCAAUCAAGUUUAGCCACUAUUCGGGUUAUGUUCCGGUUGGACCAAAUGACGAGAAAGCCUUGUUUUAUUAUUUUACCGAGUCAGAGGACCCGACAAACAAACCUUUAGCGUUGUGGCUUACUGGAGGACCUGGUUGCUCUUCAUUUGGAUUUGGAGCAAUGACCGAACUCGGACCUUUUCGGGUCUAUCCGGAUAGAAAAACACUAUGGUACAACCAAUACUCGUGGAACAAAGCGGCAAAUGUCCUGUUCCUCGAGUCCCCUGCUGGCGUCGGAUUUUCAUACUCAACAAAUAAAGCGGAUUAUAUUACGGGCGACAAAAAUACAGCACAAGAUACUUACACCUUCUUAGUUAAAUGGCUCCAAAAGUUCCCCGAAUACAAAAAUCGACCAUUCUACAUAACGGGAAGCAGUUAUGCUGGUCAUUUUGUAACCCAGCUUGCUGAUUUGAUUCUGACAAACAACAAAAUCAAGAAGCCUAAUAACAUCCUUAUAAACUUGAAAGGAAUUUUCAUUGGGAAUGCAGAGAUCGACGAAACAGAUGCGUACACCGGCCAAUUUGAUUAUAUGUGGACACACGCACUUAUAUCUGACGAAACUCACAAGGCCAUUAUACGAAAUUGCGACUUCUCAAAACUCGAUUUUUCAGAUGCCUGCAUUAAUUACAUGAAUUUAGCCGGUGAUGAGGCUGGAAACAUCAACCCUUACAAUAUUUACGCAUUGUCUUCGUGUGACCUAUCUUCACAUGCUACACCGGACUUGCAAAAUUUCAAUCCAUGCUCGAUGAAAUAUGUGACCACAUACUUAAAUAAUGUUGACGUGCAAAAGGCUCUUCAUGUGAAUGUGAUCAAUGGAAAACCUAGGAAUUGGACUAAUUGCAACCCCCAAAUAUCUAAGAACUGGACUGAUAGUCCCAACUCAGUAUUGCCCAUCAUUAAGAAUCUGAUGGCCAACGGUGUUAGGGUUUUGCUCAACAGCGGAGAUAUAGAUGGUGUGAUUCCAGUGACAUCAACGGAGUACUCAAUUUCAAAACUUGCUAAAUCUGUACAAGUUCCAUGGUAUCCUUGGUGCAGUGAUCCUCAAGAGGUGGGAGGUUACGCUGUUGGGUAUAAUGAAAACAUGGUUUUCGCCACCUUAAGAGGGGCUGGGCAUGGUGGGGCUGUUGACCAGCCAAAAAGAGCGCUUACUUUGUUUGCAUCCUUUUUAGCGGGAAAAUUGCCUCCAAGAUGCGGAAAUUAA